AGGCACAGUGCUCGGCACCGAAUCGCGCCUCCUCGCACGUGCAGGAAUUGAGCGUGAGGGCGCUGAGAAGAAGGCUAAAACACUUUUUCCAGCCCCUUGCAGCGAUUAGACUAGCAUCGGGAGCGAAACGCGCCGAGGGCUCUCUCUGAACCGGAAAACCCCUGCACGCGCGAAACGCGCGCAGAGCGCUGCGAGGCGGCAGCGAGCGCUGUCAGAAAGCUCCGCGGACAGCCAAAAAAAACAAACGCGCGCCAACACGUAAAAAAACCGGACCCGCGGGCGAAACUCGAGCGCCGCGGCGGAAGGAAGCAAAAAAAUAGACCAUGUCGCGGCGCCGCAGCCGGGCCAACGAGCCGCCGGCGCCCGAGAAGGUCGAGGACGCCUUUUCGACGGAGACGUUGAACCAGCUCGCCGAGGAGCGCAUGCGCGACAUCAAGCACAUCGUCGUGUACCGGCGGCGCGUGCCGUCGCGCGAGACCGUCGAGGCGCACCCGCAGACCGUGCACGUGUCGCUGGACGCGGGCGGCGUCGUCGGACGCAUGCUCGUCGACAACGCCAUCUCGCCGAACGAGCACGAGGCGCUCCUCGGCUGUCGGCGCCCGGCGUCCUCUAAGCUCCUUUGACGGCGUGGAGGAUCUGUGCCGCUCGUAGUAGGACGUCACGCUCGCUUCCCGCGCAGGGUACGACCGGGGCUUCGACAAGGGCUUCGCGCGCGAGUACGCGGGCGACGCGACCGACAGCUUCUCGGGCAACCUCUCACAGCGGCUCACGGUCGACCGCUGGGACUUGACGCGCCAAAAAUGCUCGUACAAGACCGAGGGCGACCAGCGCGACAAGACGACCUACGUCAUGGAGUUCGACGGCGCGCCGCGGCGUCGAAGUCGACCGCUCGUCCGCGAUUCGUCGACGCGAAGUAUUAAUCACCGGCACUCUCGACGCAGGCGUGAAUACGACGAUCGCCGAGACCGUGCUGCGGCUCUACGCCGCUCGCAUCCGCAAAAUCAUGGACCUCGUCGUGAACGAGGACCCGCGCGUGCGCUACGCGGAGGACGGCGAGGGCGACGCGGCCGAGCCGAUCGGCGAGCCCUGCGACAAAGCGUCCGCCAACGACGCGCGCUCGGGCGGCGGCGACGGCGUGCGGGCGCGCGCCACGGCCCUCACGGACGACCUCGCGGAGAAUUUCGAGGACCCCGAGGCCAUCCAGCUCACGACGUACCAGCCGCGGCCGCAGUCUCGCGCGGCGUCCUAAUCACCACGCCUCGACCGGCCGUCGACCGACGACUCGCGCUCACCUUUAUCGGCGCGCAGGUCCGGCAUGGCGCAGCACUUCGACUCGCGGUCGCGCUUCCUCUCGAUCGCGACGAUGUCGCUGCGCGCAUCCGUCAAGCUCGUCCAGAUCCGCGCUGCGAGCCGCGGCCCGAAGGACGGCAUGCAGCGCUCCGAGAUCCGGCUGCUGCCGCGCUCGAUCUACCUCAUGUCCGGGCCGGCGCGCGCCAACUGCCACCUCAAGGACGAGCCGAACGUCCAGGCCCAGGGGAACCACAAGGGCUGCCCGUGCUGCUGGACGCACGGCAUCGACACCGACCAGACCGAAGCGCAGGGCCGCAUCGGCGUCACGUUCCGCCAGCUCGCGCCCUGGGCGCUGCACGAGGCCGAGCUCAAGCGCCUCGCCGACGAGCGCGCCGAGCGCGACAAGGCGGCCGAGGAGGGCGCCCUCCAGCCGCGGCGGCGCUCGACGCCGGCGACGAAGCGCGACGCGCCCACGGGUCCUGCGACGUGGCUGUCCGGCGAGGGCGCGGACGCCGUGCGCGCGUGGCGCUCGACGCUGGCGCCCGACGCGUGGGACGCGCUCGCGGCCGCGGACGGCCUGACGCUCAACAACGUGCCCGCGCGCGGCUGGCACCGCGAGGUGAAAGGAGCGGCGCCCGCGGCCGCACCGCUGCCGCCCGCGCCGAAGCCGCGCGUCGCGUCGACGGCGUCGGCCUGGGUCGCCGCCUGCACGGACCUGCUGGAGCUCGCCGGCAAGGAGAAGGGCGGCCUCACUGGUCUACGCGGGGCGCUGCAGAGCAGCGGCUUCCGCUGCGGCGAGCCAGCCCAGGGGCGAACCGAAUUCCAAGUUUCGAUGCCGCAGGAGUUCCCCUGCUACUACGACAUCGUCGGCAAGGGCUACUCCGGCAGCAACCGACAGGACCUUAUGACUUCAAGACCAGGACUCAUGGCGUAUUUAGAAGGCUGCCUCGCCCUCGCGCAAGCCGGCGGCGCCUACCGGACCACGGCCGACCGCGACGCGGACGGCGACGAAGCCGCGCGCCGCGCCGCCGAAAGGCCGAAGAAGGCACCGGACAUCUGCUUCCACCACCCGGGCCAGUUCAAGGCAUCGGAUGCCCUGCGGUCCCGAAGCGACGUCGAGCGCUACCUGGCCGCGGACGCGACGCCGCUCUUCGAGUCGCCGCCGCUCGACGCCUUUUCGUUCGAUAAUGACGUCGCGGGCGACUUCCCGAGCCCGCCGCCGGGUUACUACUCGCGACUGAGUGCGAAGGUCGUCGAGCAGCUUCGGCCGGCGGCUCCAGCGUUGACGGCGGCGUCGCCGGCCGUCGUGUCGCGGCCGGCCGCGGCGCCGCCGGCCGUCGGCGCCGAGAGCGAGUCCGAGAUCGACGAGUCCGUCGCCGAUUCGGACGGCGAGGGCGACCCCGACUGGGACGGCGGAGUCCCGGCGAAGGAGCCGCGCGGCGCGCCCAAGGGCCGCGCGCCGAAGGGCUCGCCGGCCAACAGAGGGCCGCUGAAUUACAAGUCAUUUGAACCCCUCGGUGGCGCGGAGGCCGUGCGCUCGUGGCGCUCGACGCUGACACCCGACGCGUGGGACGCGCUCGCGGCCGACGACGGCCUGGCGCGCAACAACGUGCCCGCGCGCGGCUGGCACCGCCAAUUGAGAUUUCGCAAGGCUGCACCAGAGCCUGGACUCGGCGGCCACAAGUGCGACGUCUUCUUCCACGCCCCGGGCCAGCUCGUCGGCAACGAGACUCUGCGGUCCAAGCCCGAUAUCUUGAAACAUCUGGCCGCGAAAACGACGCCGCUCUUCGAGGCGCCGCGGAUCGACGACUUUUCGUUUGGGGGGAGCCAAGGUAGCCCGGCAGACUUCCCAAGCCCGCCGGAGGGUUACUACGCGCGGCUGCGCUCGCGGGUCCAGGAGCUGCUCCGUCCGGCGUCCGCCGCGCCCCCACCAGCUGCUCCUGCGCUGCCGCCAUCGGCCAUGGCGCUACCACCUGCGGCUUCUGCGCCGCCGCCGCCGCCGUCAGUCGCUGUUGAGGACGCGGCGGCCCCGUUACUGCAGCGUGUUGCUGUGCCGGCCGGCGAUUGGCGCAUCGUCGGCGCACAAGUACAGGACGUCGACGAUGCGACGGUGCGCGGCGUCGUAACUGAUUGCCUAAAAAAGAAGGGCUCUAAGGAAGUGACGACGACGGCAGGCUACGUGGUGAUGAUAAAAUCCACGCAAUUGACGCAAGCGACGCUAACCGACGAGGAGGCCGCGCUGUGCGUCCGCCCGGCCUCGCGUAAGGACUACAUGCAAGCGCGGAUCGACGGCGCGAUACGGUUCAGCCACGGCGGCUCCGAAUUCAAGAACUGUUACACGUGCGCGGAUGGCACGGAGCGGCGUCAAUUCGAGGUCACGGCUACUCAUGUCCGGUGCGUCCUCUGUGGUGAUGCGCGGUCGUGGUCUUUGGAGACCGACUCGAAGAUUCUCUUGAAUUCUCUCAAGAAGCACUGUGGCGCGCAGAAGCACCUCGACCGCCUCGUCCAGUCCGUGGGCGCGCCGGCGACCGCCGAGGCCUCCACUACGCCCGCGCCGGCGCCGGCGGCUCCUGCGCUGCCGCCGCCGCAACCACAGAACGUGCGGCCGCAAGCCGUCGCCGCGUCGCAGCGCUUCGCCGUCGACGACCUCGUCCAGGCCGACUUUCAUGCUCAAAACGCAUACUACGACGGCGUCGUCGUGACCGCGCGCGCCGACGGCGAGAAAGGUUUCCUGUACCGCAUCGAGUACGACGACGGCGACGACGAGGACGACGUCCCGGAGGAGCGCAUUCGGCCGGCGCCGAAAAAGACGCUACGCACACGCGGAAGCGUAUGGGUCGGGCGGCGGCUCAAGGCCAACGCCAACGCGAGGUCACUUCGAUCCCGCAGCGAGGGCCGCAUCGUGGGAUGGCUGCCCGUGCGCGGCGUCAAGGAGCCGUUCCUCAACGCCGCCGGCCGGCCGGCGCCCAUCUACCGCGUCGACUACGGCGGCGGCCGUCCCGACGAGCUGGAGACCUACGAAUUGCUCGACGAGAGCACGCUGCUACCACCGCAAACCUCCGAGGAGUGGCAGCGCGAGACGGCCUUCGCGGAGUUCCUGCGCGAGCGCGACGUCGCCUGCAAAUUUAGCUCAUCGCGACCGCGCGAGUUGACCGCGCGCGCGCUGUACGACAAGUACGCGGGGGCCGAGACCGUGCGGGCGUUCUUCGAGCUUGGAGGUACCGCGGAGGCGCUCGUGAAGGAAAUCUGCCAGGAGCGCUGCACGAUAGAGAACGUCGACGCCCUCUGGAGCGAGUACUGCGCCCAGACGCUAGACGAAGGCGCGGAACGGGAGAAGCCCGAGCCGGUGAAGAAGCCCAAGGCGAAGAAGCGCGCGCGAAAGCCGGCCGCGGCACCUCCAGCUUCAAUCGUCGUCGGCGCGCCUGUGCAAGCUGCCGACGAGGAGCCGUCGUCCGCGCGGCGCGUCGGCGGCGUGGUUAUUCCGGCGAAGAAGGUGCGCGGCCCCCCGGAGCCCUGGGAAGGUUUGGUGUCGACGACGCCGGCGCCCAAGCCGUCGGUCAAGCGCGAACCAAAGCCGGCUCCUUCACCACACGAUUGGGUGGCCGUCGGCUCGCACGUCCAGCACAGCAAUGGGUUGCGGGGGGUCGUGACGAAGAGCGGAGGUGCCGGUUUCACCGACGUUACGACGAAGACGGGCUACGUAGCGACGGUUCAUCGCCAGGAUCUGACGAAAAUUACUCUUACGGCCGAGGAGGCGGCACUCUGCGACCGGUUCCGAUUACAGCCCCACGAGUGGCUCCAAGCACAGAUGGAUGGCGCUAUCUGCGCAGUAUAUGAGGGUCGAGAGUUUGGGAACUGCUUCGCGACAAAAACCGGUAGGCCGCAACGGAUGUUUACAGUCGAGUCGAACGGCGACGUGCGGUGUGCGCUCUGCGACUGGACCGCACCUGAGAGAGCGUCCACGGCAAUGCAGAAUGACUUGUCCACUUGGAAAAGAUUGUUUCCUUCCCUCAAAACUCACUGCGGCCAGACUCCGAGCUCAUUGAGUAAACCGGCAGUAAAGCGACACGUCGAGCGCGUCCUAGCCAUGGCCGCGGAGCCGUCGAAGCCGCCCACAGCGACCAUCGAUACCGACGACGGCGAGACGCCGGAGCCGCGGCGCCCUUCGAAAAGGCCGCGCGGCGCGCCGCCUGUGCAUGCUGCUGCCGCGUUAGAUGCGGAGCCGCCGCAAGCUGCGUCGGACGCGGUUGUCCCGGCGAAGAAGGCGCAAGGCCGCCCGCGGAAGGUCCAGGCGCCGCCGCCGCCGCCACCUCCUCCGGCUGCGGGUUACGACUGGAUCGUCGUCGGCGCACAGGUGCAGACCGUCGAGGUAGCUUACGGCGAGGCGGUUCGCGGUAUUGUGACGGAGAUUGGCACUGCAUGGGUCACCGUGCUCUCGACGGAGGGCUACGAGGUCAAGUCGAGACGAGCGUGGCUGGCGCCCGCGACGCUGACGGACGAGGAGGCCUCGCGAUGCGCCCGGGGGCCGCAGCGGCCAGCCGAGUGGCUCCAGGCCCGGAUCGACGGCUCAAUCUGUGUUCGCUACGGCCAGCGCGAGUUCCAAAAUCGAUUCUCCACCACCGAUGGCAGGGUCAUCCGGCAGUUCGUCGUCGACUCCGGCACGACGAAUGUGCGCUGCGCCCUCUGCGACUGGAAGCCGACGCAGGACCGGCUUAAUUUGCGGAGCGGCCCGGGUUGGAACACGUUACUCAACGCCCUCAGAACUCACUGUGGUCAGAGCAAACAAGGGAAUGGUGAAAGAGCACCAAAACAGCACAUGGAGCACGUCCUCAGCGUGGCCGCGGCACCGACCGCGGUCUCUUCCACGCCCUUAGCGCCGCCGCCGCCAGCCGUCGUUGAGGUCGCGGCGGCCCCGUUACUGCAGCGUGUCGCGGCACCGGCCGAGGCGGCGCCGGCACUGGCCCGCCGCGGCAGACCACCGGCCAAGGCCGACCACAAGGCCAGUCGCUUCGCAGGCGUGACCUGGGACCCUUAUAAGGGCGGCAAGUGGAGAGCGGCGAUCAUGGUGCAAGGGCACACGAUACCCCUCGGCGACUUCGACGUCGAGGAGGACGCCGCACGGGCCUACGACGCCGCGCGGGCGAAGUGGGGGGCGCUGACAAGGAACGUCAGAAUUCCGCUCAACUUCCCCGGCGAGGCACCGCUCGCGUCGGCGCUGGCCGCGCUGCCGCCGCUGCCCCGGGAGCUGCAGCCGCCGGCGCCGCUGCCGCCGCGCCGCCGAUCUACGCCGCCGCCCGCGCCGGCGCCCGCGGUCUCGCCGGCGCCGGCGCCCGCGGAGCCGCCGCGCGCACCGGCGCCGGACGAGCGCAUUCGUGUCGGCAUGGUCGUCGAGGCCUCACCACAUGUGUGGGGUGCCGAGUACGCGGAGAAGGUCGGAUCUGCGAAACGGUACCGCGGCACUGUUAAGGCGCGCGACAGCGGAGAAAGGUUGCCGGCCGGCUGCCCUGCACCGAUGCCGGAUGAGCCUGUCUGGCUCGUGAGCUACGAGGACGAUGGGAAGGAUUGGGCGACGCCCGAGCGCUUCCUCAGCAUCGUCGCGCCCGUCGACGGCCAGCGCGCGGGGCGGGAGCGGACGAAGCCGCAGUUCCUGUCAGGCUGCGUUGAUGCGGACCGGGCUUACGUGCCGACGCAAGAUGAGGACGACGCGCCUGGGGCGCCGGUGCCGCCGGCCGCGCAGCUGCCAACGCCGCCGCCGCCCACCGCGCCGGCGCCCGUGGUCUCCCCGGCGCCGGCGCCCGCGGUGCUGCCCGCGCCGUCGCCUCCACGCGUGCCUUCGCCACCGGCGGCCGGGCGCAUCUGCGUCGGCGCGGUCGUCGCGGCCGAGUCCCAGGUGUGGGGCGCCGGCUUCGCGAGGAAAGUAGGAGCUACGAAACGAUACUGCGGCACUGUGAAGGCGCGUGGCAACGGAGAUAUUUUGCCGGUGGGCUGCCCGCCGCCGAAGCCAGGUGAACGUAUCUGGCGCGUGCUCUACGACGACGACGGCCAAGAUUAUGACACGCCCGAGCGCUUCCUCUCCUGCAUCGUCGUCGGCGCGGUCGUCGAGGCCGCGCCAGAGGCGUUCGGCCACGACCCUACGAAUAGCGUGGCCGCGCGGUACCGCGGCACUGUUGUCGAGCCCGGCGAGGCUUUUAAUUUGCCGUUAGGAUGCCCUCAAAUCGAGGCGGGUGAGCCCGUCUGGAACGUGCACUACGACGACGACAACCGCGUCUGGGCGACGCCCGAGCGCUUCCUUUCCUGUGUCGUGGUCGCAUCGGGCAGCAGCAAACGCAGGCGCUGCAGCGACAAUUCGACGGCGGUUGCCGCCGCCGAAGCGGCGCCGCUCCCCCUGACCGCGCGGCGCGUCGGCGGCGAGGUCAUGCCGGCGAAGAAGGCGCGCGGCCCUCCGGAGGGUUGGGAAGAUUUGGUGUCGACGACGGCGGCGCCCAAGCCGUCGGUCAAGCGCGAGCGAAAGCCAGCUCCUCCACCAAACGAUUGGGUGGCCGUCGGCUCGCACGUCCAGCACAGCAAUGGCUUGCGGGGCGUCGUGACGAAGCUCGGAAAUACCGGUCACGCAGAGGUGACGACGAAGACGGGCUACACCGUUAACGUUUUUCGCACGGAUCUGACGAAAAUAACGCUUACGGCGGAGGAGGCGGCGCUCUGCGACCGGAGCCGCUUGACGCCGAACGAGUGGCUCCAGGUCCAACUAGACAGCGCCGUCUGCGCGGUAUAUGAGGGUCGAACGUUCGGGAACUGCUUCGCGACCAAGGACGGGCGGACGCAGCGGAUGGUCUCGGUCGAGUCGAACGGCGACGUGCGGUGUGCGCUCUGCAAUUGGACCGCACCGUCAGGCGCGUCACGCGCGCUACAGAACGAUCUGUCGGCUUGGGGAAUAUGGUCUCAUCCCAUCAAAACCCACUGCGGCCAGUUUGCGAGCACAUUGAAGGAUCCGGCGACACAACAACAUGUCGAGCGCGUCCUAGCCAUGGCCGCGGAGCCAUCGACGCCGCCCAUAGCGACCACUGAUGCUAACGACGACGGCGAGACGCCGGAGCCGCCGCCACUGACCGCGCCGGCCGCGCCGGCCGCGCCGCCGCGCCCGCCCACGCCGUUCCGCCUGCCGACGCGCUCCGACUACGGCGAGGUUCCACCCACGACGCGGCUCCGCAAGCGCUCGCCGCCGCCGCCGGACGAGGCCUGGAACCCGCCGCCGCGCGCCGAGCAUGCCCGGCAGACGAAGAAGCCGAGGCGAUUCGCCGAGGUGGAUCAAGACGUCCCCGCGCGGGCGUGGCGGGAGGGCUCACCCCGGGCGGCAUCGCCCUCGCCUGUCUUCGCGGCGCCGUCGUCGGCACCCUUCGUAUGUGCGACGCGGUGGCCCGAGGUUGGCGAAGAGUGCGAGUUCCUUGUCGUAGAUGACCAUACCCACCAGUGGUACUUGGGUCACUGCGUUGAGGCCACCGAGGUGCGCGUCGUGCUCAACUACAACGCUUCGAAAAAUAGGUGGAAGGGCGUGGUGCACGAGUUCUACAAGGACGACGACAAGCCGGCGGAGUGCAUCCGGCUCCGCGAGGACGCGCCAGAGCUGCCGGCGAACAUCGUGUGACCCGGGAGUAAGUCGAUAUCGUGUG